UAUACUCAGUCUUUCAUGAUAUCAACAACAUAAACAAGACAAAACGCUUUUGUCUCUUUGUCCAAGUCUACAAGGAACCAGGAGAAGAACCCAUUCUAAAGUUCUUAUAAAUCUCGCAUAUAAGAAGAAGAUCCAAAAAUUAAAUUUAAAAAUAUCAAAUAUGGAGAGUCCCUCACUCAUUCCUCCCGGUUACCGAUUUCAUCCAACCGACGAAGAACUCGUUGACUAUUAUCUUAAGAAGAAAGUUGCAUUCCCCGGGAUGCAAGUUGAUGUUAUCAAAGAUGUUGAUCUUUACAAAAUCGAGCCAUGGGAUAUCCAGGAGUUAUGUGGAAGAGGUACAGGAGAAGAGAGGGAAUGGUAUUUCUUUAGCCACAAGGACAAGAAGUAUCCAACAGGGACACGAACCAAUAGAGCAACAGGGUCAGGAUUUUGGAAAGCAACAGGUCGAGACAAGGCCAUAUACUCGAAGCAAGAGCUUGUGGGCAUGAGGAAGACUCUUGUGUUUUACAAAGGUCGGGCCCCAAAUGGUCAGAAAUCGGAUUGGAUAAUGCAUGAAUAUCGUCUUGAGACCGAUGAAAAUGGACCACCUCAUGAGGAAGGAUGGGUGGUUUGUCGUGCUUUCAAGAAGAAACUAACAACGAUGAUGAAUUACAACAAUCCAAGAACAAUGAUGGGAUCAUCAUCAUCAGGCCAAGAAUCUAAUUGGUUCGUGCAGCAAAUGGAUGUCGCUAAUGGUAGCUACUACCAUCUUCCUGAUCUAGAGAGCCCAAGAAUGUUUCAAGCCUCAUCAUCAUCGUUACAUCACAAUGAUAAUGACCCUUAUGGUGUUGUACUGAGCACUAUCAACGCAACACCAACCACAUUAGUGCAAGGAGAUGGAGAAGUUGAUCAUGGUCAAGUUAUUACUAAUGAUGAUGAUCAUAUGAUUAUGAUGAACACAAACACUGAUCAUCACCAUCAUCAGUCAGGAUUACUGCUCAAUGAUGACCAUAAUGAUCAAGUGAUGGAGUGGCAAACUCUUGACAAAUUUGUUGCCUCUCAGCUAAUCAUGAGCCAAGAAGACGAAGAAGUUAACAAAGACCCAUCUGAUAAUUCGAUUGAAACAUUCCAUCAUCUCUCUGAAGAGCAAGCAACAAUGGUUUCAAUGAAUGCAUCGCCUUCUUCUCCAUGUUCCUUCUACUCUUGGUCUCAAAACACACACCCAUAAUAUCCAUCUUCAAACGUGCAUGUGUGAAUUCGAAUGCCUUAUUAUAAUUAAAUUGAGGCUCAUGCUCAUUGAUUACAUCAUACGCAUGUCUUAACGAAUUACUAAUUCUAAUUUUUAUACGAAAAUUGUUUAUUUAUUAUGUAAACUUUAUAGCUUGUUUGCC